AGUUCACAGCCAGAAUCUGGUGCAUACCCGGAUAAGACGUCGAAGUUGUCGUGUUGUUACACCUGAACAUUCAGUGAACACCUAACCAACCUAGACACCUAACAACAAUGGAUGAUCUGACCAAGGACCAAAUUGCCCUUCUCAAGAAGGCGUUCGAUGCCUUCGACCACGAUAAGAAAGGCAGCAUCGGCACAGACAUGGUGGGCACGAUAUUGACCAUGUUGGGUUACGAGCUUAGCGAGAAGACUCUGAAGGAAAUCAUUCAGGAAGUUGACGAAGAUGGCUCCGGUCUACUGGAGUUCGAGGAGUUCUGCACGCUGGCUGCCAGAUUCUUGGUGGAGGAGGACGCGGAGGCGAUGCAACAGGAGUUGCGCGAAGCAUUCCGAUUGUACGACAAAGAAGGAAACGGGUACAUCACCACCGCCGUUUUCCGUGACAUUCUUCACGAGUUGGACGAUAAACUGACGCCCGCCGAGCUCGACAUGAUGAUCGAGGAAAUCGACGCGGACGGCUCCGGCACCCUCGACUUCGACGAGUUCAUGGAAGUCAUGACUGGCGGCGACGAUUAGACUGCAAAUGAGAGAUCAAGAUGGACAACGGCAACUAUUAAGCUCGACAAAGUUUUCACGCGAGUGUUUUUCGCAUCUUUCCUCGAGAUGAAGGAUAAAUAAUAUUUGACUUUGGUUGAUGUUCAACAAUCGCGUACCCCUUACUGGGCACACAACGAGCGUUUCCGUUUUAAUAAACGUCUCGUUGGAAAACUUAUGCUACAGAAGACAAAAAUUAAGUUCAAUAAAGACUCUCAACACGAAA